AUGCACAAUUCACAAAACAGGACAAGGAGAAGAAGAAGUAGAAGACGAACUUUUUUACUCCCAAGUCGAUUAAAGAAAGUUAUCACCAUUCCACUAUCAACGUACGACGCCGCUCCCCUUUUGCACACUUACGACGAUAGUCCGCAACGUUGGGCUAACGGUACAAGCAACGGGCAUCAGGAAGGCGUCAUCAUAGAUCAGUUUCGGUGCGCCAAAACGAUCACCAUUGAGGGAGGCACCAGUACCGUUGACACGACGAGCAUCGGCGGCGGCGUCAACGAUUUACGACUGGUAAUAACGGCCCAACAAAACGAUAUCAUCGAGCGCAAUUACGAUCAAUUGACCACUCGAGGCGGUGGAGGCGGAGGCGGCGGCGCCGUUCUAGGCGUCCCCAGCAGUAGCGGCAUCGUCAGCAGCAUUGUCAGCAGCGGCAGUGGAGGUCAAACACCACCGACACCACAAGCUACAGGAACGACAACGGCGUCGAUUGGACAGAAGACCCUUCUCAAUACCAGUCCCAAUCUAUUACCGAUAACAACAGCAACCGAUACAUUCAAUAAUCUCAAGAAUUUGGUUAAAAUCGACAAAGGCUCAACACCCGCAUCAAAUCAUACCGGCAAUUAUCGUGCCAAUAAAUCUGGUGGUGGUUCCGAUUCAUCUUUGGGUGGUCGUAACGGCAAUCGCGAUCGCACUAGCGGAUCAAUUGGAGUGGGAGUUGGAGUUGGAGGUGUAGGUGCAUCAUCAGCAGGUGCCGGAGGUGUAGGAACAGUUGGUGGCCCAAGCGGACACUAUUCCAGUGGCUAUAAUAAAAAUUCCGUCAAAAUUCGUCAACACGAUUCGGAGCUAAGCCCAAGACCUCGACGAUCUUACCAAAACGAUUCGUCGUCGUCGCGUUACUAUAACAAAAAUAGUGACAUUUUGGGUCCAAGCAGCAACAACAACAACAACAUCGGCAUCGGUAGCAAUCAGCAAUCGCUUGGUAACAGCAACGCUGAUAGCUCCUAUAACUUGAACGGCAGUGGUCUUGGAGUCCAUCGUGGUAGUCGCAACAGCUAUCACACGAGCUCCGAUGGCGGCAGCUACAAUCGUAAUCUAAACUCAAAUUCGGGCAGCAACUAUCGCUCCAACAACAACAGCAACGGCAGCUCACGCUACGAGACGGUCAAUGGCAAUGGCAACAGUAGCGGACAACAACAACGUCACUACGGCAGCAAUUCGACGUCUGGAGGGAGAAAUAGCAUCAAUAGCAACCCAAACAAGUCAAACUACGCAUCGCAACGUACCGGGAAUGAUGGCAACCUUGGUCAUAGCCUGAGUGGUCGCUAUCGCGACGAUUAUACCAGCAAUCGAGACAAUUAUAGAGACAGGGAUAGCUACGGUGACGAUUCUCCAGCUCAUCAGCGCUAUAACAGCGGUGGCGGCAGCAGUGGAAGCCUAGAACGCAACGGGCACACUGGUGGACCAGGAGAAGGCGGAGCAGGAGGAGGAGGUGGUGGUAAUCGUUAUAAUAAUAGAAGCCACAACGAUUCGCUGUCAUCCUCUGGAGGCAGAAACUCCGAUGAGCGCUACGAACGUGGCCAAAACUUGAGGCAUAAUAACCAGGCUGGAUCAACAAAUGUUUCUUUGAGUCAACAGCAACACCAACAACAACAACAGCAGCAGCAGCAGCAACAAGUAUAUGUUAAAUCGGUGACGCCACCACCAGUGGCAACAGCAUCAUCAUCAUCAUCGUCCGGAUCGGGAUCGGGAGCAGCAGCACAACAAUUGAUAACUGGACGCUGGAUACCACCAUCAUUGCGUCCACAGCAUGGACUCACUCAGAGCGAGAAGAAUGAUGCAGUGUUUCGACGUGUCCGUGGCAUUCUAAACAAACUGACACCGGAAAAAUUCCAGGAGCUGAGCGAUGAAUUGCUAAAACUUGACUUGAACUCGAUUGUUAUACUUAAUGGGGUUAUUCUUCUAAUAUUCGACAAAGCCUUGGACGAGCCUAAGUACUCGUCUAUGUAUGCACAGCUCUGCAAGCGUCUCUCCGAGGAAGCGCCAUCAUUUGAAAAAGAACCAAACAAUUCGUGCACCUUUCUACGUCUUCUCAUUGCCGUCUGCCGUGACAAGUUCAACAAUCGUUUAAAGCGGGACGAGGCGAACGAUAAUCGCCCGCCACCAGAGAAUGAGGCCGACGAAGAGGAGCGACGCCAUUUGGCGAAACAGCGAAUGCUGGGCAAUGUCAAGUUCAUUGGUGAGCUCAAUAAGUUGGAUAUGCUGUCCAAGAAUGUAUUGCAUGCGUGUAUUAUGGAGCUAUUGGACAAGAAGAAGAAACGUACGGCCAGUGCGCAGGAAAUGUGCGAGGACAUGGAAUGCCUGGCUCAAUUGCUCAAGACUUGCGGCAAGAAUUUGGAUUCAGAACAGGGCAAAGAGCUGAUGAACCAGUACUUUGAGACGUUGGAACGUCGAUCAAAGUCAACUGAAUAUCCACCAAGGAUACGCUUCAUGCUAAAGGAUGUCAUCGAGCUCCGCCUGAAUCACUGGAUACCCCGCAAAGUUGGCGGCAGCGCCGAGGGACCCGUCCCCAUAAAGCAAAUACGCUCGGACGACGACUCGAUCAUACGCACUCCAUUUGCCAAUCGUAAUCGCGAUAUGCGCAACAAUGAUCGCGAUGGCGACAGCUGGAUGAAUCGCUUCCAUCUCAAUCUACAGACCGGCGGCUAUAAUGACAUGUUUAGCGGUCUUAGUGUCACAGGAUCAUCACCAAUUGUAUCACCCUUUUCCACGAGCAACAGUAACCGGGAUCGUGAUCGUGAACGCGACAAUCGCCAGUACAACAAUCGGGAUCGCAAUCGUGACCAGGGCAACAACAGCGGUGGCAGCGGCGGCGGCAAUGGCAAUUAUAACAAUCGCUACAACAAGCACAACAAUCAGAAUGGCGGUGGCAACGUCGGUGGCAAUCGCGAUGAGUCACGUGGCGGCAGCGGUGGCGGCAGUUCGCAUAGGAACAACGAUCGCAACAACGAUGGAGGGCAGUAUGGCGGAAAUCAGCUACUUUUGGGCAGCAAAGAGUUGGCGCCGCGUUUUAAGCGCAAUUUGAUAACGACCAAUCAGGAUUCGGUCGAGAAUUUACAAAUGCGACCGGCGGCCAACUCAUUGCUGUUCCGAGCAGCAUCCCAAAAUCAAAAAUUCCCAACCUCUCUGCCCAUUUCGACACCGCCCAGUGGCAAUUCGUCGCAGCAGACAUCGCAGUUAUCCAAUUCACAUUAUCCACUACUGGGAACGCCAACAUCACAUCUUAUGCCCAAUCCAACACGUCCAUCAUCCACACCAUCGGCUGAGUACGGACUUGACAAUCGCAAUCUGCACAACGCUCAGCAGCAGGCGGAGAAGAGCCUAAAGACAACAUCGUCUUCACCCAAUUUUGGUUCAGUCGGACAAGCGUACGUUGAGAACAACACUGAGAGGAAGACAGCAGUCACUGAAACCAAGGAGCAGGUCGCUGUAGAGCGACCCACAACACCCUCUGGCUCCGGAUCGGGCUCUGCCUCUGGCUCAAGCAAGCAACAGAAAAAGGACAAGGGACCCAGCAAGGAGGAGUUAACAAAGAAGGCAAAUGCCUAUUUCAAAGAGAAGUUCUAUUAUGAUGAGCAAACUGAGGAUGCUUUAUCGGAGGAAGGCGAAUCAGCACUUGUUGAGGGUGAAGGCAAAGGCGAAGGAUCAGCUCCUGAUCAAUUUACACAACUGGUUGAGGGUUUCCUUGAGCUGAAACUGCCGGAGAAAUCGUUGAAAGAUGUGUGCCUCAAUUUGUUGAUGGAAGUGCUGGACCGUGUGAACGAUGUUUACUUGGAACGCAUCGUGCGUUUCCUGCAGGCAUUGCGCAAACAGUCCAACAUUAAACCCAAUGUCAUUGUUGAAAUCUUCAAGCAGCUGGUGAACAAGAUGAACGAACGUGAGGCGCUCAAUCCACGGAUUACGGCUCUAGUGGCAUCCGUGCUGAGCAAAACGGUCUGUGAGCCGGCAUUGCUUAAGUUGUCAGACAUUGCCAAUUAUACGGACAAUGGACAGCAUUAUCCAUUGUUUUUGCUUGUGCUGCAGCAGCUUCAUAAGACAAUUGGCAAGGAUGCACUGGAGGAGAAGUUCCGUGCUAGCAAAAUUGAUUUGAUGAACAGUUUGCAGGAGGUGGAUCGCAAUAAGGAGCGUUUGGGUGAGAUACUAGAAGAUCGACAGCUGUCGUUCCUGUAUCCAUUGCUCAAAGUGCAGGCCGAGAUGCUGAAACAGUUGCAAAGCGAUCCCAAUCCAAAUAAUUUCUAUAAGUGGAUCAAGUCCAAUGUUGACAACAAGUACUACAAGGAUCCGGGUUUCGUUCAAGCCCUCAUGACCGUUGUGGUCAAGUACAUCACCAAGGAGACGACCCUGGCCAACAACAUGGAUCCCAAGGAGCAUCCCGAAAAGUCGGUCACACAAAAGGAACAGGCAAUGCUGGAAACCUACAGCCAAAUGCUGCAGACUUUCCUCAGUCAAAACGAAUUGCAAUUGAUGGCACUUUAUGCCCUACAACUUUUCUGCUACAAUGAGAGUUUCCCCAAAGGUAUGCUCUGUCGUUGGUUCAAAUAUCUGUACGAUUCGGAGAUAAUCGAGGAGGAGGCAUUCGUUUUAUGGAAGGAGGAGAUCUCUGACAAAUAUCCAGGCAAGGGCUCAGCACUGUUCCAAGUGAACGCUUGGUUGACUUGGCUACAGGAAGCCGAAUCUGAAGACGACGAGGAUUAAAUACCCAAAUGCAUAACCACUAUAUAUGUAUAUCACUUCUAUAUUUAUUCGCAAACAACAAAAUACCAACAAAAAAAUUACAAAAAUGCAAGAAAAACGAACAAAAAAAAAAUACCUUAACAAAAAAUAAGCUGAUAAAAAAAAAGAAAAAAAUCAACACAUUAAAACAUUAUAACAGAUGAAAGUUGAAAUCGCGGUUGCAAAUGUUAGUCAAAUUAGUAGAAAAAAAAACUACAAGUUAAUCCAAAUUAUUUGAUAUUCAUUCAAGUUCAAGCAACUAAUUAUUAAUCACCAAUAAAUAAAACGGCAAUAGACGCAAACGUAAUCAACAAUUAUGAUAUUUAACUCGACUAAAUAUGAAUAGAAAUUGUAAGACCUUCCGAAUUUCAGAUGACAUGCAAACGGAACUAAAUGGAAAUUAGUAAAAAUGAAAAUAAAAUAUACACACAUCUAUUAUGUACUAUCUAUAUAUUAUAUAUAUUCAUUAAUUAGUGAAUUUCAUUCAUUAUAAUUGAACCGGAACUGAUCUUUUAAUCGAAAUGCUCUCAGUCUUUAUAAAUUUCCUGUUUUGGCUACUUGCACAGCCCCCAAUUCAUAUGUAUUUAUUAAGUAGUUCAAAUAAAACUGAUAACAACGCAUCAAAUAUAUUAAACAAAGAAAAAUACCAGAUCCAUAAUCUAACCAUAACAAAAGGCUUACAAAUCCGGGCUAGCAUCGAAUUCGUAACAAAUCGUAGCACUGAAUGUAAUGCAAGAACGCCAACAUCAAAUAUAGCCUUAAUAAAAUGAAAACAACACUGCGAACGGC